UUUAGAUUUCAUUUCCUUCAGGAAAGCGAAUCAUCUGUUGCCUAGGAAUCAUCUCUCAUUCUCAGCGGUUUUCUCCGAGCAGUGUUAACUCCUUUUCGCGGAUGCGAUGAAUUUUCGGAAGUGUAAGGAACCGUGUACCAGGUUCAUCACAAAGGGAGACGCUCAUGAAAGCCGUGAAUUUCACAUUUGUGAAGGAAACACAGCACAGUCUUCUCAGUCUAAUAAUUCUUCCUGUCUCUGCUCUGAAACAAAGAUGGCUAUGUUUGAUGAUGUUGAUAGAAUAACUCUGGAGGUCCUCGAACAUAUUAAAGAAUCCAUAUCUACCCAGGACCUUCCAACAGCGGUAAACACGAUCAAAGAAGUCCUUGAAAAACAGGAUCUUGUAGAACUUAACAUUGGUGUGACGGGGGAGUCAGGUUCUGGAAAAUCCACAUUUGUGAAUGCAUUCAGGGAUUUAGGGGAUGAAGAAGAGGAGUCUGCUAAAACUGGCCCUGUAGAAACCACUAUGGAGCCUGAAGCUUAUUUUCACCCAAAAUAUAAAAAUGUGAAAGUGUGGGAUCUUCCUGGCAUUGGAACACCAAACUUCAAAGCCAAUGAGUAUCUUAAACUGGUUAAGUUCGAACGUUAUGAUAUUUUCAUCAUCAUCGCUUCAGAUCGGUUCAGAGAAUGCCACAUUCUGCUGGCCAAAGAGAUUGUGAGAAUGGGGAAAAGGUUUUAUUUUGUUCGUUCCAAGAUUGACCAAAGCAUUGAUGCUGAGAAGAAGAGUAAGAAGAAAAGCUUUGACCAGAAAAAGACAUUGGAUACCAUCCGAGAGGACUGUGAAAAGGGUCUGAAAAACAUUGGUAUAGAGGAUCCUGUUGUGUUCCUGAUCUCUAGCUUCGAGCUCGGCAACUAUGAUUUAAAUCUUCUGCAGGAGAGAAUGGAGCAAGAGCUUCCACAGCAUAAGAGACUUGUGCUGCUGUUGGCUUUGCCGAAUAUCACACAGGAGAUCAAUGAGAAAAAGAAGAAAGUAUUAGAGGAAAACAUUGGAAAAGUUGCCUUACUGUCUGCUUUGGUGGCUACAGUCCCUGUUCCUGGUCUUUCAGCUGCUGUGGAUUUAGCUAUUGUAACCAGGGAGAUAGAAACAUACUACAGUGUCUUUGGUCUGGAUGAUCCUUCCCUGCAGAUGCUCUGUGAAAGAUCUGGAAAGACCAUUGAGGAAUUAAAAAGUUUAAUGAAGUCCCCACUGAUUGGUGGGAUAAACCCAGCUUCAAUAUUAUCCUUAGCGAGUGCUGAAUCCCUGGUUGUGAGUGCAAACACAGUUAAGUAUGUUGUGAGUCUCAUACCCUUACUUGGUUCUGUGGUGGCAGGAGGAUUGUCCUAUAUGACAGUCUCAAGAAUGCUGAAGAGAGCUCUGAAUGACAUAGCAGAAGAUGCCAAAAACGUGCUAAUGGCUUCAGUGCAGACUGAAGUGUAAACACAGAAUGUGACACAGAAACUACAUGUAUUCAAUAGCAGCUACUUUUAUUCAAACUUAUAGCACAUUUCUGUUAGCAAACUAAACGUGAUCUUGCAUUUCUUAUUUCCUUAACUGAAAUGUACUUUCCCUUUGGAAAAAUAAUGCAGCAUCAUGGCAUCUGUUGCUAUAUUCAUGAUACAUUACAAUUAAAAACAUUUAUCACUUUA